CUGAACAAUAAUCACAAGUAAAUUUAAAACAAAAUAGUUUUCAAAGUGUUUGUUUAAAGCGCAGACUGAUAUUUUUAUAAGUACGUUUCACAUUUAUGCUGAAAAUGUUUGGUUUAGCUUUUAUGUUGAUAGCAUUGCUGCCUACAUCGCAUGGAAUAGAUUGUUCAACAGUCAAGUGCACUAAGCCUUUUUGCAAAUACGGUUCUUACACUCCGAAAGGAAAAUGUUGCCUAGUUUGUAAGCCAGAUUGUUCUAUUGUUAGGUGUGCUAGGCCUAUCUGCAAAUAUGGUUUUUACACUCCGGAAGGAAACUGUUGUCCAGUGUGUAAACCUGAUUGUUCAAGGGUCAGGUGUGCAAAUCUUGUUUGCAAAUAUGGGUCUUAUACUCCUGAUGGCACCUGUUGCCCAGUUUGCAAAGACUGUUCAAUGGUGUUAUGUGUUAGGCCCAACUGCGAUGAUUCAUACACACCCGAAGGGGAAUGUUGUCCAGUUUGUCCAUCAGCAUGCCUGCAGCCCCCAAAAACAGGUCCGUGCAGAGCUGCAAUUCAGCGGUAUUUCUACAAUACAGAAACAUGUCAAUGCGAAUCUUUUACUUGGGGAGGUUGUCAGCCAAAUGGUAACAAUUUUCCUAGCCCUGCCAGUUGUCAAGCAGCAUGCAAGACGCCAAUGAAAUUUAAUCCUGUUUGUAAAUUUCCAAAGAUAUCAGGGAUUUGCAAAGCCUACAUGCCUAGGUGGUUCUAUAACAGCACCUCUUGCAGAUGUGAACAGUUUAUUUAUGGAGGAUGUGGUGGAAACGCAAAUAGGUUCUUUACAGCAGACGAGUGUAAAACCAAUUGUGGAUGCCAUGACUGCAAUGCUUGCAAUUUACCCAUAAAACCACAUGAUGGUGGUAAUGUAUGUGCGGCCUAUUUUCCUAGUUACGGUUACAAUACCACAUCAUGCCAAUGUGAAAAGUUCAUUUACAGUGGGUGUGGGGGAAAUGCAAACCGAUUUGGAACGUUUGACGAAUGUGAUGAAUUUUGUGCACACACAGAUUGUAAGACAGAUGUUUGUGAUUUACCAAUAAAGCCUCAUGGCGGUGGUGAUACUAUAUGUCUUGCCUAUAUACCUAGUUAUGGAUACAAUUCAACAUCUUGUAAAUGUGAAAUGUUUAUCUACAGUGGGUGUGGAGGAAAUGCCAACAGAUUUGGAACACUGGAAGAAUGUAGAGCGCGUUGUAAGAACCACAACUGCGAGCAACAGAUUUCCUGCGACAUACCAGCCGACCCAGGUCCCUGUAAAGCAUUUGUUAAAAGAUUUUUUUAUGAUCCAUUAGACUGUAAAUGCAAAUUAUUUAUGUACGGUGGUUGCGAGGGAAACGGCAAUAAUUUCCCUAGCAAAAAAGUGUGUAAGAAGUCAUGUGAAAGUACAUGUCCGUUAUGCUCUGAACCAAUGAAGGUUGAGCCAUGUAAAGCGGCAGAAAAGCGGUUCUUUUACGACUCUCAAACAAACAAAUGCAAACAAUUUUCACGGGGUGGUUGUCUGUCGGACGGGAACAAUUUCAGAAAAAAGAAAUUAUGUAAUAAAUUAUGCAAAAAGCCAAUCUGUUCACUUCCCGCGUUCAUCGGCCCUUGUGAUGCCGCAAUUAAGAGAUAUUAUUACGACGUUGCUACUGGAAAAUGUCAGCAAUUUUGGUGGGGUGGAUGUGAUUCGAAUGGAAAUAACUUCCGUAGCAGGAAGGCAUGCAAGAGAAAAUGUAUUAAGCAAAAAUAGUUACAGGCAUGCAAUCCGAUCAUUCUAAUGCUAUCAGAAUAUAAUGAAUCAAUUAUGCAAUGAACUAAAAUAUGAAAUCAAGGAGAAAAAUCUAUGAAGAAUACCUACAUCACGUAUACAAAUGACUGGUAGUAUCGUUUAUAUUUUGUAAAACUAUACAGAAUAAAUUCGGAUGGUAACUGC